GUCAGGUGUGGUCAGAGGAGCUUCAGUGUAGAGGCAACGAAUCUCAGAUUCACUUCUGUCCAACAUCAUCUUCACUCAAACACAACUGCUCCCAUGACAGAGAUGUGGGUGUGGUGUGUGCUGACAGUGUGAGGCUGGUGGAUGGUGGCAGCCGCUGCGCUGGGAGAGUGGAGGUUCUUCAUAGAGGACAGUGGGGAACAGUGUGUGAUGAUGGCUGGGAUAUGAGAGAUGCUGCAUUGGUGUGUAGAGAGCUGGGCUGUGGAGAGGCUGUAGAUGCAUUGAGUGAUGCUCACUUUGGAUCAGGAUCAGGACCAAUCUGGAUGGAUAAUGUGGCCUGUAGUGGAUCAGAGUCUACACUGAAGAACUGUAAAUCACCAGGAUGGGGUAAACAUAACUGUGAUCAUUCUAAAGAUGCUGGAGUCGUCUGUUCAGGAGUCAGGCUGGUUGGUGGUUCUCACUGCUCUGGGAGAGUAGAAGUGCUUCAUGGAGAGACCUGGUCCACAGUGUGUGAUGCUGACUUUGACCAGCAGGAUGCAGAGGUUGUGUGUCGAGAGCUGGGCUGUGGGCUUCCUGUGAAGGUACUGGGAGCAGCUGCUUCUGGCAGAGGGGAGGGUCAGGUGUGGUCAGAGGAGCUUCAGUGUAGAGGCAACGAAUCUCAGAUUUUCUUCUGUCCAACAUCAUCUUCACUCAAACACAACUGCUCCCAUGAUAAUGAUGUGGGUCUGGUGUGUGCUGGCAGUGUGCGGUUGGUUGAUGGGAGCAGUCACUGUACUGGGAGAGUGGAGGUUCUUCAUAGAGGACAGUGGGGAACAGUGUGUGAUUAUGGGUGGGAUAUGAGAGAUGCUGCAGUGGUGUGUAGAGAGCUGGGCUGUGGAGAAGCUAUAAAUGCACUGAGUGAUGCUCACUUUGGACCAGGAUCAGGACAAAUUUGGAUGGUUGACGUGGACUGUAGUGGGUCAGAGUCUACAUUGAAAAACUGCCACUCAGCACUUUGGGGUAAACAAGCGUGUAAUCACUCAAAUGAUGCUGGAGUUUUCUGCUCAGGAGUCAGGCUGGUUGGCGGUUCUCGCUGCUCUGGGAGAGUGGAGGUGCUUCAUGGAGAGACCUGGUCCACAGUGUGUGAUGCUGACUUUGACCAGCAGGAUGCAGAGGUUGUGUGU